AUCCCACCCCUUCGCUAACUUUCUCCUUUUUCUGACUGCUGAUGUGUAGCAAGCUACAAACUUGACGGCAGCAAAAUGUUUCAUUUCGGAUCAAAAAUACUUGUACUUUUCCUCGUGACUUUCCCAUGUGGCCAGAUGUCUUUCGGCCAGGUAUCUGCAGAAGAGUCUGCGGAAGACAUCGCCCCACAUGCAACAGUCGAUGAGGAGGAGGAGGAGGAAGAGGAGGAUGAGGUGCUGGUGGAGGAAGAUCAGGUCCCAGGCUCGGAAUCAGAAGAUGACUUAGAUGAAGAUGCUGCAGUUGGAGAUGUAACCUCUCACCCUGAUGCUGACACCACCAUCAUCUUUGUGACCGGGGAAGAGUUCCCAGCCAAUGAGAUUUCGAAGUUCCUGGUGGGUUUCACCAAUAAGGGAAGCCAGGAUUUCACUGUCCAUUCCCUGGAGGCCUCCUUCCGUUACCCUCAGGACUUCCAGUUCUACAUCCAGAACUUUACAGCCUUGCCCCUGAGCACUGUAGUCCAGCCCCAGCAGCAGGCCUCCUUUGAGUACUCCUUCAUCCCUGCUCAGUCCAUGGCUGGUCGUCCCUUCGGCCUGGUCAUCCUAUUCAACUACCAGGACAGUGAGGGCAACGGUUUCCAGACGGCCAUUUACAACCAGACCGUCACUAUCGUUGAGCUGGAGGAGGGACUGGAUGGAGAGACAAUGUUCAUGUACAUCUUCCUGACUGGAUUAGUUGUCUUGGCGAUCUUUGGCAUGUACCAGGUGCUGGAGUCUAGGAUGAGGAAGAGGCUCCCAGUGAAGGUGGAGACGGGCACCAGUGGGAUGAACGAUGUGGACAUCAGCUGGAUUCCCCAGGAGACCCUCAACAUCAUGAGCAAGGUAUCGGCAUCCCCUAAAGCCUCCCCGAGGAAACGCACCAAGAGAGCGGCUGGAGUAGAUCAAUAAAUCAUUCCAUGAUGCGGCCAUCUUCAUAUCAAUGUCCACCAGGCCCAUGUUCAAGGCCCAUGCCAUCACAAGCUCCAACAACCCAACCAACAUCAACCUCUGGGUGGACCUAGUUAGUUACUCAAGAGCUUUUCCGAUAUACCCCCGAUACAUAGGCCUACACCAAACGUUCUUGGACUGAAGACAGUGGUGUCAUGAAUGUGUCCCAUUUAGACACCACUCCAGCGGGACAUUUUGAGACUGAUAUGAGACUAAAGACUGAGUAAUUGGAUCACCAUGCCAGAUCCAUGAAAGAUGGGUAAGACGUGGAGUUGUAUACCUGCCAAAUAAACCGGUAAUGCUACACCAAGUAUUUCAAUCA